GUCCUCCUUCUCUGACAGGUGUUUAUUUCAAACUCCGGAAUAUAGACGCAUCUGCUCAGGCGCAUCACUUUUAAAGUCGGCUGAAGUGCAGAUUGGUGUCCAGCUGACGCUCUGUGAUCCAUAAAGUGGAAUCAUGAUCCUCCUCACCUCCACCUCUGGUAGGUUUCACUUCUUGCCUCAUAAUCUGGAUUAUUCCACAGUACGGCAGCUGCAUCGUUCUGGGAAAAAAAUGUCAAUUAGAGCACUUGACAUUUGGCACUUAAGCUAUAGGUGGCGUCACAAUAGUGAGGUGAUGAAAGGCCUGAUGGUAGGUUGACCAGGCUGUAAAUAGUUGUUGUCUUCAGUGGUUACCUGGUAACCCAGAAGUCUUAUGUAACCAGAGAGACUUCCCAUCAUGCUUCGGCUUCAUCAGGCAGUGAUCCAGGAACAGAGACGCUUUGAAUUGGACGCUUGUUUGCUGCUUUGUUCAAGGCUCACUUCAUCACUUAAAGUCCGACUAACUCUGGCACUGGGAACCAACUCAAAUCAUUGUUGUUGUUAGAUUUUCAGCGGUGAACCUGCUCUGUGCUCAUAGGUGUUGUCCUCAUUUACAGCAAUAAUUGUUUUUUUUAUUUGUUAAUUAUAUCAGUUUAACAUCAGUUUUAUUUCCACAUUUUUCAAAAAUAAUUUCCAACCCAUUUCAAACUGUGAUAAAACAUUUGCCAUUUGAUUGAGGAGUUGCAGUUUGACGUAUCAUUGAAAUGAUACGUUGAAACGUAACAAGUCUUUUGGGUAAUAUAGUAUGUACGGUUGAUAUUGACUCCACCCACUUCAUAGCCACGAAUAGCUUCACACACUGGUGUGGUGCUUCACCAAACGCAGCGGCUGCUUUGGUGGUGUCUGACCAGUGAACUAGGAGAGACCUGGGCCGAGCGCCUGGAGCUGCAUGUUGUUCAUGAUUACAAACCUGUUGUUGGCUGGAUGUGUUUGUCUCAUACGUUGUUUUCUUUCAGAUCAAGAGUCUCUUGAAAAGUUCCGGCUUGGGAUUCACAGGAAGUUCAGGGUGAAAAACACUCGCAGGGUUGCCAUGGCAACAUUAAAACUCUGACAGAAGAGCAAACCAUUUGUGAGAAACACCAAACUCCUCAGCCUCAGUCUUUCUUGCGAUAGUCUUUAAAAAGAAACAGGUUUCUCCAACACCAAGUCGACUCUCCUCACCGCAGCCGUCAAACUGCUCCAGGUUUCGCAAGACGGUUUCUUCCACUGCACCAACCAGCUGCUGCUCCGCGAGCGGCUGUCUGGCCGACACCUCUCCGAGUUUGCACGGAAGCACGCCGCCAACGCUCUGUCCGUGGGCAACAUGGUGAUGGGCAUGGGCUCCAUCCUCAGCAGCCUCAACGGACACCACCACGCAGCCUGCUGGCUGGUUCUGAUUGGCUACCUGCUGGACUUGGCAGAUGGAGCGGUCGCCAGGCGACUGGACGCCUGCUCAGCGCUGGGGGCCAAGCUGGAUGACUUUGCCGACUUCACCACCUUCGGCAUCGCCUCGUCGCUGCUGCUGCGGACGCCGGCCCUGCUGGACAACGUCCUGUGCAUGUGCUACGUGCUGACGGUGCUGGGCCGCCUCUGCUUUUACGCCAGCGGAAUCCCCUUCAUGUACCGCGGCCUGCCGUGCCCCUACUCCUCUGCCAUCCUGGCCAGCGCUGCGCUGAUGUCAGCGAGGAGCCCGGUGGUGUUGAGGGCGGUCGCCGUGGCAAUGAUCCUCUUCAUGACCCGUCACAACUUCUACCCUCAUGACCGAGUGCUGGAGUCCCAGAGCUGGAAGAAGGCUGUCUACGCUGGAGGUGUGGUCAUGCUCUUCUGCUCGGGCUUCCCAGCAGCAGGUGCCUACUACCUGCUGUGGUCCAUGUCCUACGCGCUCUUCGCCACCUCCCUGUGGAGCAGUAAAGUCUAGCGCCGCGGAUGCGACCAGCACCAACUCACUUCAGCAGCGUCUGAGCUUGGGGCUGCGCUGAGAGCUGACGGUUCCCCGUGUUCCUCUGCCCUUGCACCUCCCCCAGUGUUGAUCCAGUGCUUACGUCGCUCUGGAGCCAGUAUUUUAAACAAUAGUGAUUCAGAAUAUUCUGUUUUUAAUCGAGGAAGAUGCUAUAUUGUGUUUAAAAUCAUCGCGAGUCUCUUCUCAACGACAGGAUCUUCCGAUAACCAGCCUCCAAUUCGUUGAAGAUUUUUCUGAUGCUGACGAUGGCGCCCUCGUGUGGCAACGACUCAACGAUGAAGGCGCGAUCAGUGUUGCGGUUAUGAAACAGUUUCUCCCAUUUAAAAAAUAGAUAUUUCCAAUAUUAACUUCCUGUAACUGUAAUUAUCAUGAUUUUCAUGAUCGAUAAUGAACUUUGAUUUAUAGAUUAUUCACCUUUCCUACCAUUCUUCCAUGAAUAUUUCAGAAAAUUUAGCUUGUCCUGCUUUAGCACUUUAUUUUGCUUUGUUUGAAAAUGAAGGCCUAAACUGUUGCCCACAGCAAGAGGCUGCUCAGGAUCUCAUGUUUCAGACUGCAGUCAGCUGCUGGUACGAUUCCCCUCUUGCUGAGAAGCGUCCAGUUGCUGCUGAGCAAGAGGUGUGUCCCCUCUCGACCUUCCAUCCCGCCGUCACAGCAGGGCCUGUGACUUUCCUCCACCCAGAUGCACCACAGCGAGGAGGCCCUGAACUUGAGUCCCAGCAUGGAUCUCACCAGUCUGCUCAUCAGAGUGUGGAUUAACCCUUCGACGCCUUGAUGUCUUUUCCUCCCCAGGCGUCUGCUUCAGUGGUUCCAGCAGUUUAGAACAGGUCCGUGACAAAGCAAUCUGAUGCCAGCUUGGCACCUGCCGCGGUGAAUCCACAUUGUUUUGUUAGGAAACUGUAAAAACCCUCUAAAAACAUCAAUAAAUGAAAU